AUGCCACUCACUAUCGCGGGGCGACAUCGACGCAGAGUUCGUUUCCCAGCCGCUAACCUUCUGCCGGCCAUCACAUCGACACCAGGCAUAGCUGCGCAGGAGAAGCACCACCAGCAGCAGCCGCAGCUUGGACUCCAGGAUCAUCCCCCCUUCCAGCCCCCAUCCAAGUCCAGUAAGUCGGCCAAAGUCGGCAAAUCACAAAAGUCAACCACCUCAUCCGGCAUGGCCACGCAACAUGAGCCCCGACCGGGGAUCCCAUCCUUAUUCACUCAGCCGCCGCCAAUUCGUGACCCGCUCACGACGGAGACCAUCCAGCUGCAGGAGACCACCCUGGAGAAAUGUCUAACCUUCCUCAAGGGCCUCCACCCGUCCCAAACUGGUCCCUUCAAUGCAGCUGGGGUCCCUGCUCUGCUUCGAGAGGAUCACGUUGCGUAUCUGUAUGAAUCGCUGGAAGAUUAUCCCGCCGGCUUUGUGGCAAUGGAUGCCAGCCGGCCCUGGAUGGUCUACUGGGCUUUGGCCGGAUUGACCUUGUUAGGCGAAAAUCCUACGCAUUUUCGGGAACGAAUGCCACUGGGGGGCUUUGGUGGCGGCCAUGGUCAGACAUCACACCUGGCAAGUAGCUAUGCAGCCGUGCUCGCACUCGCCAUGGUGGGCGGCACGGAGGCCUUUGCAUUGAUCGACCGCGAGGCAAUGUGGCGAUGGCUCGGCCGCCUCAAGCAAGCAGAUGGAGGAUUCAGUGUCACCGAGGGGGGCGAAGAAGAUGUGCGCGGUGCGUAUUGCGCGUCAACUAUUAUCGCUCUGCUCGACAUUCCCCUCGCAUUGCCGUCUGAUGCCAAGAAAGCCCGAGACGCCGGCUUUGAGACUCUGACUGAGGGAGUCGCAGAGUAUUUGUCGCGCUGCCAGUCCUUUGAAGGUGGCAUCUCAGGUAGCCCUGGAGUGGAGGCCCAUGGAGCUUACGCGUUCUGUGCGCUUGCGUGUCUGUCGAUUCUGGGAGCUCCCGAAGAGACCAUUCCCAAGCACAUGAACAUCCCCCUUCUGCUCUCCUGGCUAUCUGCCCGUCAAUACGCUCCGGAGGGUGGUUUCUCUGGCCGCACCAACAAACUCGUUGAUGGCUGUUACAGUCACUGGGUCGGUGGAUGCUGGCCUCUCUUGCAAUCUGCAUUGGACGGCAAGCCGCAGACUACGGGCGUGCCAUCAGAGACCGUCGGUAGCCUUUUCAGCCGCGAGGGUUUAGACCGGUACAUUCUGGGUUGUUGUCAGACUCCUACCGGCGGGCUUCGAGAUAAACCUGGCAACGCAACCCAACACUAUCACUACCGCACCAACGUAAGUGUCUCUCCUGGGUCGGCAUUCGAAUCAGCUUUCUCUUGGCGAUCUUCACCCAUGGCGGCGGAAGAGGAAGUGUACGAACCGGCGGACCGUCUAGUCGCCUUCCAUCCGCUCUUUGUCAUUCCGUACCAAGCGGCUGCGAAUCUGCGGCUUUGGUGCGAGAGCCAUCCGAUUUCCGUGUAA